AAUUGAUAUUUAAUAUUUAACAACAUUCUAAUAAAUUAUUAGAUAUAAAUGUAUUAUUAUUAAAUUUUCUUCAUUUUCUUCAUCAUCUUAAUAUACGUAGCCAACGAAAAUUUAUCGACCAAGCUAUUUUAAUCUUCAUAGUUACGAAAUUAGGGGUUAGUUUCAUCGGCGAGUGUUUUAUUUUCUGACACGUUUUAUUAACGACACAACUUUAAAACGGCAUGGAAUCGAAAAAUAAAACGUCUAGCUUAAAAAAUAAGAUAACCUAUGACCCGUUGGUCAGAACUAAAACCGGAAAAGAAAGUUAUUUGAAAUUACUCCGCGAUACAAAAUUUGACGAUGUCGAUAAAUUAAUGCCAAAAGAUUUGGAAGAUUCUUUAAAAAGGGCAAAAGAAAAUCCGACAGAACCUUUCACUUUUUUAACCAAAAUUCCGAUAGAAGAUACGAUCGAGGGAAGCGCAUUAACGAAAACGAAGAACGAAUCAACGGAGAUAGACAUUAAGUUGGCCAACCUGAUGAAACGUAUAGAAUUAAAUAAAAUUCUGUUAGAAAAAACGAAUCAACGCGUGAGGGAUAUCGAUUAUCUCGUUAAACGAAGCGAAUUGAUUUUACCGAAAAAUCAGAUUUAUGACGAGAAUAUCUACAUGAAAAUAAAGUCGACCGGUAAAAAGGAAUCGACGAAAGUAGAAUCGUCAAUCGAAUAUCCAGAAAUUGAAAAAUUUCGUCGUACCAUGGACGCGACUAAGGAUAUGCUGAAUUACGUAAAGAAAAUUUCUAAAGGUGAAAUGACAUUCGACGAUUUACCUGAGGAACUUCUGAAUCGUAUAAAAUCAUCCAAAGAAAGUAAUGAAGACAUCAAAAUCGAUCAGUUAUAAAUUCCUGACGAACUCAUUCCUGAGAAACUCAUUCUGGUAUGUUCAACUGGAGAAUAUUUGUGUUGGCGAAUAUGAAUUAAUGAUUCUUACCUGCCCAUCCUGUGACCAAGAGGACCAAAUAGAUUAGUUCCAAUUAAAUAACUAAUGCUAGCUGGUAAAAAUGUCGCCCCUUGCUUCCAACGACUGGCACCCAUCGUAUCCAUCAUCCAUAUAG